GAGACCACUCAGCACCACCAGACAGCUACUCAGUCGAGACAGCCAUGAGUGACGCAGAGCAGCAGCAGCUCGCAGCAGAGGACCUCGCCUUCGACCCAAGUGUCAAGAAGAAGAAGAAAUCCACAAAGCCAAAGGCAGUCAAGUUUGACCAGGAUGCCGCAAAUCUCGAAGAGGCAGGCGACGCAGACGAUGUGCUCGAGCUGGGCACGCAGGUCAAGCAAACAAGUCUAGGCAAUGAUAUUGAAGAGGGCAACGUUCAGGAUACGGCAGACGAGCCAGCGGCCGAACAGGCGGAAGAGGUGGGCGAGUUUGACUUUAGCACCACAAAGAAGAAGAAGAAGAAGAAGGUGAUUGAUACAGCAGCGCUGGAUGCCUUGGAGCAAGAGGCAGGCACGACCGCCGGUGACGCGGCAGAUGAAGACGACGGAGACGCCACAGACAAGGCGCCUGCUGCGCGCCAGAACAAGGCAGAAGGUGAGCCCUGGGUGGGUUCGGACCGUGACUAUACAUUCAAGGAGCUGCUUCAGCGUCUCUUUGACCAGCACCGCGUCAACAACCCCGAUGCUGAUUCAGGUGAGAAGCGCAAAUAUACGAUUGUGCCGCCGAACGUGCAGCGUGAGGGAUCCAAGAAGACGUGCUUUGCCAAUGUCGCCGACAUCUCCAAGCGUAUGCACAGGUCGCCGGAUCAUGUUAUCCAGUUCAUCUAUGCUGAGCUGGGUACCAAUGGCUCGAUUGACGGUGCAGGUCGGUUGAUCUUGAAGGGCCGUUUCCAGCAGAAGCAGAUUGAGACGGUGCUGCGUCGGUACAUCAGCGAGUAUGUGACAUGCAAGACAUGCAGGUCGCCCGACACGCUUCUUACAAAGGAGAACCGACUCUUCUUCCUGGACUGCGAGCAGUGCAAUUCAAGGCGGUCAGUUGCGGGCAUCAAGGCUGGUUUCAGUGCACAGAUUGGAAAGAGACGUCUCAACAAGCCUGCCACGUAGCUGCUCUUCUCUCAUCAUCCUCCGUAGCCCAUCUACUGCAUCUAUUCCAUCUAUUCCCCGUCUUCGC